AUGCUGGUUCCUACAGUGAGAACAAACCUGGGUAAAACAGCUUUUAAACAUGCUGCCCCCACAGCUUGGAACAAUGUGCAGAAGGAGCUGAAACUCUCAGAUGGAAUCACUAUGGGGGAAUUCAGGUCCAUCUUAAAGGACAGAGAACACGACACCAUUGGUAGAUCUCCCAGAAACAGACAGAACGGGAACCAGCUGAGACCCCUGGGAGGGUUGAUGAUCCCGGUGUGCUGCGUGGUGGAGCAUGCAGGCGGGGGGGCGGCGGGGGAGUGUGAGGGACAUGGAGACCGUCACGCUGAGUUUGUGUUGGUGCAUAAAGACGUCCUCUUCACGCAGCUGGUGGAGACGGCCCUGUCCGCUCUGGGAUACUCACACAGCUCAGCUGCACAGGCAAGUGGCAUCAUUAAAGUGGGCCGCUGGAAGCCGAUGCCCGUCCACUUCCUGACGGACGCUCCGGAGGCCACGGUGGCCGACAUGCUGCUGGACGUUUACCACAUGGUCACACUGCGCAUCAUCCUGCACAGGUCAGCAUGGA